UACUAAAAUAUUGAAUUCCAUCCUCUGCUAUCAACCGAAACGACAUCAGUUCAAAACGUUGCAUGCAUUUAAUGACAAAAAUCACGUUCCUGUAGUAAGACGACGUACUCUCGAAGUAAUUUUUAAACUUCUAAUUCUACAUUAUAUUUCAUAUUAAUCGGAGAAUCGUACUUCCAUUAAAACAUGGAUGGAAGAAAAAUGUCAACGGCGGGGGAUUCCCUGUACCAGAUAUUAGAGAUUUCAAAAACUGCCACACCAGAGGAAGUUAAGAAGGCUUAUAAAAAAUUAGCAUUAAAAUAUCAUCCGGAUAAAAAUCCGAAUAACCCAGAAGCUGCAGACAAGUUUAAAGAAAUAAAUAGAGCGCAUACUAUAUUAACAGAUUUGACAAAACGUAACAUAUACGACAACUAUGGAUCUCUUGGAUUAUAUGUUGGUGAACAAUUUGGUGAAGACAAUGUUAAUGCUUACUUUGUUGUUACUUCUGGAUGGUGCAAGGCACUCGUCGUAUUUUGUAGUUUGAUAACUGCAUGUUUCUGCUGCUGUUGUUGCUGCUGUUGCUGCAACUUUUGCUGCGGCAAAUGCAAACCAACACCGCCAGAGUGCAGUGGAGCAUACCACAAUCUUCCGCGGGCCCAGAAUCCAGAGGGUGAUGUCGUGACGAAUCAACCGAGAAGCCAGAACAAGGAGUAUGAAUUCGACGAUGAAUGUUACACGUGUCAACCACAAGCUGGCCAACAACAGCAAAACAAUACCACAAAUCAGCCAAUCUUCGCCAUGCCGCCGCCGAGCAGCGCAGCCGUCGACGAGAAUACAAACCUAAACAGCGGUGCUGAGAAAAAAGUUAUUUACACGACCGGUAUUACCAGCACUUAAAUAUUAACGCACAUUAUUUAUCUGAGUACCGUUAUUAUUUUCCUUAAUCAGUUCGAUCUUUAUUUGCGAACCCUUUUACAUUUUCUUCCCUUAUACUGUUGCUUCUCUCUGAUUUUUGCAUCCCCCGCGAUGCGUUGUUAAGACACGUGCCACGUGGAGCAUGCGUGACUACGGUGUCGUAGACAGUAAGCUUACCACCAUCGUUCUCGAAGUUAAUAUUGCAACAAUGCUAGUUCAAGUUUUACAUUGUUCAAUGCCAUGAUCGCACUGCUAGAUCAGUUGCGUUGAAAACGAUCUUAUAGAUCAUUCGAGAAAGAGAAAAAAGAGAGGAGGACAGGUGGACAAAGAGAAAUAGACACACAAAGAGAACCGUAAAACUCGAAAAUUAAGAAAUUAAUUUUCCUUGUACAGAGUACCCCGAAAAUACCGUUAAAACCGGAAAUGAAUGACUCAUGAGGUGAUCCUUUGCGAAAAUGCAAUCUACGGCGUUGUUUACGAGUUAUGAACGAGAAACACGAAACAAUCAGAGCCCGUUUUCGCAUCAGGACGCGCCAGUAGCACUUGCUGUGAUUGCUUCGUGUUUUUCGUUAAUAACUUGUUAAAGAAGUUGUAACCAACAUUUUCGCUAACUAAAAAGUUACUUUAAAUCAUCUCAGGUAUCACUACUUUCCGGUUGUAAGAGAAGUUCUGGAUCACCUUAUAUGUGUGAAUCAGACAAUGACGAAUAAACUGAUGAUGUGGAAAUCUAUUUCAACGUGUACGUUCGAAAUCAGAUUGAGAGGCGAACGAUAAGUAAUUUAAAUACCAAUUCGGCAUAAUGUCUAUAUUUUUUAUAGAGUUAAUAAAUUAAUGAUCUGGAUCAAUCGCCAAGAAUUUUCAGUCUCUUCUCGAAUGAUAUUGGAUGGAGUUUUGUACCGAAACAUUAGUAUAGUAUUAGUAUAAUGAAAACACUAGUAUAAUAGAUUAGACAUUCGUUUUGUUUUAUUUAUUGUGAUAGUGUGAAUAGAUAUGUGUACAGAAUCAUUUUAGACCCAUUUUUGUUUACGUGUAGACCUAUCCAAUCUUGUCGAAUGAAGUGGUUCCGUGAAAGCAUAGAUUUCUGGUCUGAAUGGUGUUUUGAAAAUUUUGGGGCAAACUGUUAUUGACCUGGAAAGAGAAAUUCAGUUUUAUCGCGUUCGAAUGACAGAAACGGGUAUAAUAUGGUUUUUUGUUUCGGUGUAUUUCUUAUUGAUGUUUCGUUGCACACAAGUUCGAGUGUGAAUUAGCAAAACAGGAAUAAACUGUUAAAGUUCGUAAAUA